AUGCCAGCCGCGGGCGCUGAAGAUGAUUACACUGACGACGAAAUGGAGAUUGACCUCGGCGACACGAUCGACAUGCCGACUUUUAGUCAGAUCCUUGAAAUGGACGAGCCUGGCGACCGCGAGUUCUCUGCGUCCAUCGUCUUUGGCUUCUUCGAUCAGGUUGAGGAGACUUUCGCCUCGAUGGACAAGGCUGUCGCGGAGAAGAACUUGGAAGAGCUCUCCUCGCUCGGCCAUUUCCUCAAAGGGUCCUCGGCUACCCUUGGUCUUGUGCGAGUACGUGACGGCUGCGAAAAGAUUCAGCGCUUUGGCAAGCUGGAGAACGAGGACGGCUCAUCAGAACCCGACGCCGACCUGUGCCUCGAGCGCCUCAAGGAGGCACUCGCUACCGUAAAGAUGGACUACCAGGCCGCCGAAAUACGACUCCGCGAAUUUUACAAGGCAGAGGAGAAUCGCGAAGAAGCCUAA